AGGAGGAUGCUCGCAAGUCAUCCUCGGUAUAAAAAGAUGGUUCGCCCCUGACGGCACGGCCGUCUCGCUGCAUCCAAACGGGGGCGCAACCAUGAGAAUCCUUGUGGCCACCGUGUUCCUUGGGCUCGCGUCGUACGCGCUGGCCGAUGGCCUCCACCACCUCGACAUUGCCAAGGUUGGCAACGUGGGCUACGUGGCCCGUGGACCCGGGGCCAUCCAGUUCCACCAGAGCGGCGGUGUGAUUCCGGAAGGCGUGCCCACCGUGUCCCGCGGCCAUUCAGGCACCACAGUUCACGGACCCCCCAUUACCGACACCCACGGUGUCAGUGUGUCGCAGCCUGCCGUGACCGUCACUCAGCAGCGCGUUGAGCAGCCCGCCAUCACUGUGACCCAGCAGCGGCCCGCUGUCACGCUCACCCAGCAGCGCGUGGUGCAGCCGGCCGUCACUGUGACCCAGCAACGGCCUGCCAUCACCGUUACCGAGCAAAGGGUCAUCCAGCCCGACGUGACCGUGACUCAGCAGCAGCCGGCCGUAACGCUUACGCAGCAGCGGGUCGUCCAGCCUGCCGUGACUGUGACUCAGCAGCAGCCGGCCAUCACGCUCACCCAGCAGCGGGUCGUCCAGCCUGCAGUGACCGUGACUCAGCAGCAGCCAGCCAUAACGCUCACUCAGCAGCGAGUGGUACAGCCAGCUAUCGCUGUGACAACACAGCCCGGAAUCGCCGUCACUCAGCACCGUGUCGUGCAGCCAGCAGUCACUGUGACUGAGCAGCAGCCGGCCGUCACGGUUACCCAGACCCAGCAGCGCGUCGUCCAGCCGGCCACCGUCGUCAGCCACGUGCCGGGCAUCGCCGUCACCCAGCAACGAGUAGUGCGGCCCGGAGGUGUGGCCGUGAGCCACAUUCCCGGAUCAGUGUACACCACCCAGGGAGCCUACGGAGUCGGAGGUACUUACGGUAUCACGCUUGUCAGGCCUGGUGGUAGUUACGGUUUUGGUUAUGGAAUUGGCGGCGCUCAUUAUGCCGCAGGCCUACUUCUCCACCAUCCAGGUCAAGCCGUGACCACGGUGCACCCGGGAGCCGCUUACGGCUACGGGGCCGUGGCUUACCGUCCAGGACAGGCUAUCACCACGGUCAGGCCCGGAUCGGCCUAUGGAUACGGAGCUGUGUCCUACCAGCCGGGAUCCACGGUUACCACAUACAGGCCCGGAACGGCCUACAACAUCAACGCUGUCACCUACCAGCCGGGCUCCGCGGUCACCACCGUUAAACCGGGAGCGGCUUACGGUGCCGGCACGCUUACCUACCAGCCAGGCUCUGCGAUCACCAGUGUUCGUCCAGGUUCUGCGGCUUACGGCGUGACCACCGUCACGCAGCCAGGCUCUGCUGUCGUUGAGCACACCCCUGGAUACAUCUAUGGCCUCGGCUAUGGAACGCGUACAAUUGGGGUUCCCGAAAUUCAUUACCACACCAGGCCUGUCAACUUUGGUUACGGAUACGGCUUGGGUGGCACCCGCUACGGCACGCUGUACCAUCCUGGUGCUGUCGUGCACAGUGAGGGCCUCGGUCUUCUGCACACACCAGGUGCUGCUGUUGUCCACCACGUCCCAGGUGCGGCUGUGACCACUUACAAGACGGCCACCGUCUCCACUCCCGGCACCGCAGUCGUACACACUGCUCCCGGUCCAGCCAUCACAACGUACAGGACUGCCACCCUGACCGCUCCUGGCAGCGCUGUUGUUCAGCAAGUACCGGGCGUCACCACAUACAGGACCGCAACCGUGACUUCUCCAGGAGGCGCAGUCGUCCAGCAAGUCCCGGGAGUCACCACGUACAGGACCUCAACAGUGACCGCUCCGGGAGGUGCCGUAGUGCAGCAAGUCCCAGGCAUCACAACCUACAGGACUGCCACCGUUACCACUCCAGGCCGCGCUGUUGUCCAGCAAGUUCCAGGCGUCACUACCUACAGGACUUCUACAGUCACUGCUCCCGGAGCCGCUGUUGUUCAGCAACCUGGCGUUGCCGUCACCGGCGUCAGGACGUACACCGUCCCGGGCUCAGCCGUUGUUCAGCAGAUUCCAGGAGUUACCACUUAUAGGACUGGCACCAUCACUACUCCCGGAUCUGCCAUUGUGCAGCAAGUUCCAGGAGCCGUCACCACUUACAAGACCGCUACGAUUUCUGCUCCUACGGCUACUGUGGUCCAGCGUCCAGGCACCGUGACCACGUACAGAACCGCCACCAUCAGUGCCCCAAGCGCCACCGUCGUUCAACAGCCCGGUAUCACCACUUAUGGCGCCACCGCCUUGCAGCAGCCAGACAUCCACGUUCUUCACCACCCAGCUGUGGCCACUGGUACCCUUGUCGCUCCUGUGAGCACUGGUUCCGUGACAACGUACAAAACUACGGCCAUCGGUGCUCCGGGUGCUGCUAUUCUCAACCAGCCAGGAGUAUCUGUCGUUAACCAGCCAGGUGUUGCUACUGGGGCCGUCGUGAAUUCCGUACCUGGAGCUGCCGUUACCACGUACAGGACGGCCACCGUGACCACUCCCGCACAGGCCGUUGUCCACCAGAUCCCAGGAGCCGUCGUGCAUUCCCCUGCCGUUGCUACUACAGUCGUUGGCCAACCAGCCGGUGCAGUUGGUGUGACCCCAGGACAGAGUAUCAUGUUCGGAGUCGGAGGACUCCGCUACGCCGGCGAUAUCGACGCCGCCGUUCAGGGCGCCCUACACGGAGCGGCCCUCAUCCAAGCGGCUCCCGCCCCCGUGGCGGUCACCAAUGUCCUCCCAGGUGCGGUAACGUACACCGGUGCCGCCGUUCCCGCCUCGGCUGCUGUGCUGCACCACGUGCCCACGGAAGCCGAGCUGAGGCAACUCAUCACCUACGGCUACGGAUACGGCCUUGGAGGCGUUCGCUACAGCCACGCCACGACUCCGGCCACCGUGGUGACCUCCCCUACUCAGGUGGUCCACGAGGCAGCCCCGGCUGUCGUGACGUCGCAUGCCCUUCCGGCCGCCGUCCAGCACUACACUCAGCGGUUCAUCUCGUACGGCCCCACCACCACCCUGAAGUACACCGUGGACCCAAGCGUCCAGCCCCUUCAGACUCUCAAGAAGAAAUAGACGGUAACCUGGACGUGCAGGAACCCUUCCGCAACGCUCAGACGGAUGAUUACGACGAGAAUUUUACAGAGCCGAGGCGCGCGAUCUUCUAUUUAUUCCCGCGUUAUCCUCUCCACUUCUUUGCCCUCGCUGACGUCACAAGGCGAGUCCCGGGUGUAGCCAGGACGGGACUGGAUGCGAAACCGGGGAUGCCAUGUUCCCGUUCCCAGUCAAGUACGGAACUGCGCCCCAUCGAAAGGCGAGAGACCGUUCGCGCGAAUAAAACAACAAAAAAAAAACAAGAAAAAAAGAAAGAAAACAGAAAA